CGCCGCCGCCUCCUCUGGUAAGCAUCUCUCUCUUCUCUGCUCACUGAUCCCACAUUCACCGGCCGUCCUUUUGCCGCCGCCAUCUCUCUCAAUCUCCGUUUUUUGCGUCAGGAAGGAAAAAAGAACUAAUCAAGAAGAAAAAUGUCAGGUGAUGAAGGUGCAGUUGUGGUUGAGGCUCCGGCUCCAGCUCUAGGUGAGCCAAUGGACAUUGAGACUGCUUUGCAACUUGUCCUUAGAAAAUCAUUAGCUCACGGUGGGCUUGUUCGAGGCCUACACGAGAGUGCUAAAGCUAUUGAGAAGCAUGCUGCUCAGCUUUGUGUAUUGGGAGAAGACUGCAACCAGCCUGAUUAUGUGAAACUAGUCAAAGCUCUUUGUGCAGAGCACAAUGUUAGCUUAAUGACAGUUCCAAGUGCAAAGACCCUCGGCGAGUGGGCUGGUCUAUGCAAGAUUGAUUCUGAAGGAAAGGCAAGGAAGGUUGUUGGCUGCUCUUGUGUUGUAGUCAAGGACUUCGGCGAGGAUCACGAGGCACUUCACAUUGUCCAGAAGCAUGUGAGUUCAAAUUGAUUCUGUCUUCUGAGACCACAGUGGUUGGGUCUUACUUAGAAAGUUUUUGAUCGUUAGUUUGUUUAGAGAUUGGUGCUCUGAUGUUGCUGCUUAGCACCUUUAUCCUAUAACAUGUUUUCUGUGUUAAAUUGAUUGGAAAAGACUGGUUUUUGUCUUCUGAGGUCCAUUGAUUUGGAGCUCAUUAUCAUUCCGCCAAACAGAACAAUUUAUUCAUCAAGAGUCUCCUUGCCAAGGGAAAAGUGGAAUUGAUAUCUUUAUCAUUUCUUUAUGCUGA